CCGGUGCUCGGGUCACCGCGGUAUGUGCUGCUCGGCCGAGGGCGCCGGCCCUGCCUGCAGACCCUCAGGGAUGCGCAGCAGGUGUUUAUUUCUUCUAACUUGCUAACAGUAGGCGAGGCGGGCAUCUGGGAAAGAAAUGAGCUGCUGCUCAAACGCUGAAGGUUGAGAUUAGAAACCCAGGGUUUCGGUUCUACGGUUGACAGCGGAUGAGCUGAGUAAACCCGAAGAUCUCGCUCUGCAGGACAGAAGCUGCUCUCUUGCCGGUGUGAGGGGGGGUGUUAAGUGAGGAUACGGACACGUGAGGCUGAGGGAAAUCCGGAGAAGGGGGUGCUGGUUUGCCGGUAAUCCAGGGGCUGCUGCCAGGUGAAGCAGGUGGUCCCAAGGCUGCAGGCUCACGCAGCUGUCGGCUGCUUGCAUCGGUUCAGGAUGCGCACAGAAAUGGGAGGGAGAUAAAAAAAACACGUGACUGUACAUAUAGGUCUUAAUGUAUUUUUCCUUCAAGCAGCUCUGCAAAAGAUGGAUUUCUGUACAAAAUCAGACGUAGAUAAUACAGUUUUGGCAUGUUUGAGACAUACAGCUGAAAACUGACAUUUUCAGUUCCUGCAAAUGGAACAACAAUCUUCAGUUAAAACACUCUUUUUUUUUUAAAAAAAAAAAAAGCCUUGGCUGAACAUUCCUCUGAAGUUUUGCACUGCCUCAUGCUAAAAUAGAAAAAAUAGUUCAGAUUAUUAUUACUCCUUUCGGCAGUACUCAUUAAAGUCUUGUGAUAAAACACUUUUAUCACACAGAAGGGAGGCUUCUAGAAGGGAGGGAAUUUGAAUAAAAGUGAUGUAGAAAUAAAACUGCAAAAGCAUUCCAGGAGAGCUUAGGAGGCAGAGUAUCAGCGUGUGCUGGUUACCUUGAUGUAAGGUCCAUUUGAAUCUAAACCAAACCUGUAGAUUCAGGGUCUCUUCACAAAGAUUUGGGAAAUGAGAUUAUUAAAGUCAAAAUACAUGUUCGGAGUUGAAAGCAAGUUUCCCUUAGCUUUUGACUUGCAAGAACUCUGCAAACAGACAUUGGAAAAACUUUGGCUUUCAGUUUGACUUUGGCAUGUUGUUGUUUGGCUCUUGCACACUAGUUAUCUGUUCACAUUUACAGUAAAUAAUGACUAGAAACAUAACCUGCAACCGGACUGCUGAAGCAACUUCUGGAAGGGUUUGUUUCCUUCUCUUUCCCCCACCCCCUUAAGACUUUUUGUCUUAUGGGAUUUGUCUGCAAUCUACUAGCUGAAGCUCUGAGGCAAGUUUGCCAGAUCUGGGGCUGCAUCAUCGUUCUGCACAUCUGGAAGUGGUUUAUGGGCGCUCAUUCCUCCAGUGCAGCGUCUGGACUCUGUGCUAUUCCUCAGCAGCAGAGAAAGAAAAGAAAACCAGCACAACUCCAAAGUAAACUUUGAAGAGUUUGAAAAGGGAAUUGAAUCUUAAAACUGUUACUGUGCCCUGUAAGGCCCUUGCGUGGGGGACUUCAAAGGAGGAUGAUGGUCGAGGAAGCUUUGGCAAGAGUGCUUACAGCUGUGGGUUAUCUAGGAUCCAAGUAAAUAGCUCUACAGCUCUUCAGGAGAGAGGAGUCUCGAAUACUGUGCUGCUUUGAAGAGAUCACAGUUGCAUCCAACAGGACACAUGGCUCUUUUAAAGAAAAUUAACCAGAUCUUACUGUUACUUCUUGUCUUAACUGUGUGUGCCAUUCUGUAUAAUAAAGUUCACCAAGUGCCAUCGACAUUAAAGAAUGAAACAGUUGAUUUGGAGAGUCCUGAGGAAAUGGAAGAAGAAAUCCCAGUUGUCAUCUGUGCUGCUGCGGGCAGAAUGGGUGCAACUAUAGCAGCAAUCAGUAGCAUCUACAGCAACACAGAGGCUAAUGUUUUGUUCUACAUAGUUGGGCUGAAGACUACCAUCCCACAUAUUCGAAAAUGGAUUGAAAAUUCAAAAUUGAAAGAAAUAAAAUUUAAGGUUGUGGAAUUCAACCCAAUGGUACUAAAAGGAAAAAUCAGACAAGAUGCAUCGCGUCCUGAGCUACUGCAGCCUCUGAACUUCGUUCGAUUUUAUCUUCCUUUGCUUAUCCAGAAACAUGAGAAAGUAAUAUAUUUGGAUGAUGAUGUCAUUGUUCAAGGUGACAUCCAGGAACUCUACGAUACUAAGUUAGCUCCUGGACAUGCUGCAGCUUUUUCAGAUGAUUGUGAUCUGCCUUCUACACAUGAAAUGGUUAGAAGUGUAGGGAUGCAGAACACGUACAUGGGAUUCCUGGACUACAGAAAGCAAGCGAUUAGAGAUCUUGGCAUCAGCCCCAGCACCUGCUCCUUUAACCCUGGAGUAAUUGUUGCUAACAUGACUGAAUGGAAACAUCAACGGAUUACAAAGCAGUUGGAAAAGUGGAUGCAAAGAAAUGUAGAGGAAAACCUCUACAGCAGCACCCUUGGGGGAGGUGUGGCAACCUCUCCAAUGCUCAUUGUAUUUCAUGGAAAGUAUUCUGCUAUUAAUCCUAUGUGGCACAUAAGGCAUCUUGGUUGGAGUCCUGAUACCCGUUACUCGGAGCAUUUUCUUCAAGAAGCUAAAUUACUUCAUUGGAAUGGGAGAUACAAACCUUGGAACUAUCCCAGCGUUCACACCGAUCUCUGGGAAACCUGGUUUAUUCCUGACCCUUCAGGGAAGUUCAAAUUAACUCGUCCCGAGAGCUGAUACCGAAACCACUUAAAUGCAUUCAUACACUAUGUUUUGCAGUAUGUAAUAGUUUGUGAUGUCACAUGUUGUAUAACUAACAGAUUUUAGAAAACUAAGUAUUUGUUAAAUAUAUGAAUAAAUGAC